AUCACCAAACUGCAUUGUUUCCCAACCGAUUGCUGACGGCGGCGCCAACAUGUGGUUACCGCUCGGAAUUCUCCUCUCUCUUUUCUAUGUGAAUGCCUAUACCAAUCCUUACGUAUGCACAUUCGACCAAAAUGCUUGUGGGUGGUCUAAUGACCCAAACAACUGGAAGUACUCUUGGACUGUGGAAGCGUGGUCAUCAGCGGAUCCAGGAACACUUAGGACAACCAAUAGAGCCAUGUGCUUGUCUGCUUCUGCUUUUGAACUGAACGUAUGGCCGAAACAAGCUUCUAAUUUUGCUUCAUCAGAUCGAGUCAGUCUGAUUCCUGCGGGUAGGUCUACUGCGAAGAAGAAGCAGUCCAUCCAGGCACGAUUGUGGAGCCCGUACCUUACAGCCGAGGACGGAUUUCGGUGUCUGCAGUUGCAAUACUGUAUUAAAUCUGGUAACCACUUUGAUCCCAUCGGCUCAGAGGGCGGAAUGUCGCUGGCACUACUAUUUAGACGCGAAGGGUCUUGCGUUAAUCAAAACGUGGCUGAUGGCCGCGAAGCAUUUGUCUGGAUUUCCUGCACAUUAUCCAACCGCUCACUUCGUAUUAGUGAACAAGGGUUUGCUCAAACCAUCAUCUCGACAACAUUCUCACACUUCCAUCGACCUUAUUCACCUUUGGGACAAUCCACUACUCCGGAUUUAUUGGUGCUGCUAUGUCGGUGCUUAUUACUGGGUACCAGUCUCCUUUACUUAGCUUCACACCUCUUCCAUUCACGUGCACCGUUGUGCUACAACCGUUGUGCAAACAACAAACUGUGGACUUCUGAUCAACAUCCGGCAUCUGAGUACUCUGUCUUAAAUUCUUGGCAACAAGUAUCGGUCCCACUGAGUCACAAUGGCGACUUCAAGCUAAUAUUAGAAGGCACCAUACCAGCGGGGUACCCCGAUGCACGGAUUUGUGUGGAUAAUAUUACCUCAUACACGGAACCAUGCAGUGCUCUUCAGAAGUCAAGUGUCACAACCAGCAGUCAGUGGAGUUGGGCGCAGUAUUUCGGGAUCACAUUUGUUAGCGCCUUGGUUCUCGGUCUCACCAUCCCCAUUCUCUUCCUGGUCAUUUUGAUAUGGGCCUGUCGUCGACGCCACCACUCACUUCAAUCUCCCUAUACUGAUAACAAAUUGUUCUCCACCAACCUGUGGUAUUAUAUCGGAGGCAAAGAUAUAUGUGAUGAUCCGACUGGAUUUCGCGGAAGUGCCAGCUUAGUACGCUCCAACAAGCAUCACGGCCUUCCAUCAAGCGCUGGGACCUCAUUGAACGGGACCGGUCAACCAGGCACAGAUGUGAUGGACCUACCUGACGUCGUUAUACCCGGGGGUCGAGUCGUCUCUUUUAGUUAUUCUGGUAAUACUUUGGGCCCCGGCACGGCUGUGCGCCAUAUGUCACAAAUUAACAGUUCUCCAGUGCAAACUGUUAAUUGUUUCACCACCGGUUUGAGCAACGUUGGUACGGCGUCCUCACUUAGCUCAGGAACUACAGCUCCCACGCCUGUUCUCCUUGGGAAUUCAGUUCAACCACCGGCUAUCAUGACACAAUCGGCUGCGCCAAAUUUUGGAGCUGAUGCGAGCACUCCCCGGUUUCCGGACCCGUUGAACGCACCUUAUAACGCCUGCGUUGCACCCAUGGUUUCUGCCCAGCAGGCUCAACCGCUUGCUCCAAACGCUGUCGCAUUCCAACAGUCUGUUGUCCAAGCUCAGCAAUGCUCAAGUGCAUUGACACCAACGGCCGUCCAACAACAUCAACAAGUUCAGCCAUCACUACUGCCACCACCACCUCAACAGCAAAUGCAGUCUCAUCCAAUGCAAUCUCAACCCCUACCGGUACAACAGCAUCAACCACAACCACAGGGCAUGCCAAAUGUAGUGCAACUCCCUCUAACACAAUUUUCACAACCACCGGUGAGCCAGGUCUCUGUUCCCCAUCCUCACUCAACACCACAAUUGCAGCAGCAUCAGCAGCAGCAGCAACCCCGGUCUAUCGUCCAGCCCGUUCAAUUACCACCACCUCAGCAACAGAACCUGCAGCCCCACUCAUUUUCGGCUUACCCUCUUUCUUCAGUUCAGCCGGUUGCACAGCAGCACAGGUUGCAAAUUCCCGUGUCCACGGCUCCUGUUACCCCACAGGCACACUCACUGUCAAAUGUGCCGCCUCAGUCGACGGUUCAGACCACCCAACAGAUCGUUCCAGGCCAGCUGGUUGCGGCAGUUACUCCAACUACACGUACUCAGCCAUCGCCUACGACCCUUCCUCAGAACGAUCAAUUGACAGAAGCCAAUCAACAUGCUGCAAUGGCUGCUCUGUUUGCGGCUACUGGUCAGCCAGAAUCCCCGCAGGACACUUUGAUUCAUGGUGCGGUCCCGGAUUGUCGUCCAGAAGCGAGGGACGAUUCCUAUAUGGAUCUCAACCAAACUGUGUUGCGAGAAGACCAUCCGCCCCCGGGCUACGAUGAGGCUAUCGGUUUGGUUAUGGCCCGCCCGAUUCAAAACGGAUAUAGCGUUCCAGUAUGCAAUAACGGAAACCUAGGCAAUAAUCUAUGUCACAACACCAUGGCCAAGCCCGUCUUAGCUUUUCCCACUGAAGUCGCUGCAGUGCCAGCCUUGCCGCCUAGGCGCAUUGUAAACGGAAUGGGCGUGGAUGACCUCGAGGAUGCACAGUUAAACACCUGCCUUUCUUUAGCCGAGAGGUAUGGUCUACCUGUGGCAGAGAUCUGAGUCCGUUGUUGGUGGCCUAGUAUUUGUCUGAUAGCAUGUGCGCUGGUAUUUCUACAGCUGACUUUUAUUUUUAGCCCAGUCUCAUUUUGCCCAUUCACUUUUCUUUGUCUCUCAUUUUCCCCUGAAUUUGUUUUGCCUUCCUGUCAUUUUUGUUUAACAGCAUCAAUUUAUAUAUUUUUCCCAUUUCUUCGCAAGUCUAGCGUCUUGUCAUUUUCUCCUAUGGACCUUAACUCCGAUAUUCCACUUCCUUUUCUCCACUUCAAACUUUUUGACUUCGCUACAUUUUUCUUCGAAUUUUCACUGCUCAUCAUGACAUGACCAGCCACCAUUCUGACGUCUUCUUGUUUUUGUUCGCUGAGUCCGCUGAUUGACUUUGUUACGUGACGAUGGCAUAAGGCAAUAUCUGCAUGCCGUUACUUUUAUUUGCUGUUGUUUAACUUCGUCUUUUAUCCUAACCUGCUUUUUAAUCUAUUUUAUCGCUUCCCGCUGACUUUCUUUGAGUACUACUGCCGCGCCGUUCUUUUACCAAUAGUCAUACAACGCAGCUUCGUCCAUAACUUCGUGUUCACCUUGUCAUUCUAAUGCGUAUUCAAAAUGUACCUUCAUAUUCAUACUUUUCAGCUUAAUGCUAUUACCCGCUGUUCUCACCGUCUCUUAGGCAUUAAUUAAAUAUAUCUCCGCUUUACAAAUGCUUU